AUGCCUCCUCAGUUUUCUUACCUAUUUUACACCCUCUUUUUCUCCCCUCCUUUUCUUCACUUUUCCCAAUUUUUCACCCCUCCUUUCCUUCACUUUUCCCAAUUUUUCACCCCUCCUUUCCUUCACUUUUCCCAAUUUUUCACCCCUCCUUUCCUUCACUUUUCCCAAUUUUUCUCCCUCCUUCACUUUUCCCAAUUUUUUCCCUUCCUUUCCUUCACUUUUCCCAAUUUUUCCCCUUCUCCUUCCUUUCCUUCACUUUUUCCUUCAAUUUUUUUUUCUCCUUCCUUUCCUUCACUUUUUCCCAAUUUUUCUUCCUUCCUUUUCCUUCACUUUUCCUUCAAUUUUUCUCCAAUCCUUUCCUUCACUUUUUCCCAAUUUUUCACCCUUUUCCUUUCCUUCACUUUUCCCAAUUUUUUCCCCUCCUUUCUUCCUUUUCCUUUUCUCCUUUUUCCCAAUUUUUUUCUCCUCCCAAUUUUCACCCAUCCUUUCCUUCACUUUUCCCAAUUUUUCUUCCUUCCUUUCCUUCACUUUUCCCAAUUUUUCUUCCUUCCUUUCCUUCACUUUUCCCAAUUUUUCACCUCCUUUUCCUUCACUUUUCCCAAUUUUUCACCCCUCCUUUCCUUCACUUUUCCCAAUUUUUCUCCCCUCCUUUCCUUCACUUUUCCCAAUUUUUCUUCCUUCCUUUCCUUCACUUUUCCCAAUUUUUCUUCCUUCCUUUCCUUCACUUUUCCCAAUUUUUCUUUCUUUCACUUUUCCCAAUUUUUCUUUUCCCCUUCAAUUUUUCUUCAUUCCUUUCCUUCACUUUUUCCUUCCCAAUUUUUUUCCCCACCUUUUUCCUUCACUUUUCCCAAUUUUUCAUUCCUUUCACCCAAUUUUCUCCCCUUCCUUUCCUUUUCCCAAUUUUUCCCCUCACCUCCUUUCCUUCACUUUUCCCAAUUUUUUUUCACCCCUCCUUUCCUUCACUUUUCCCAAUUUUUCUUUCCUUUCCCUUCACUUUUCCCAAUUUUUCUCCCUUUCCUUUCCUUCACUUUUCCCAAUUUUUCCUCCUUUUCACUUCACUUUUCCUUUCCUUCACUUUUCCCAAUUUUUCUUUCCUUUCCUUCCUUCACAAUUUUCCCAAAUUUUUCUCCACUUUUUCCUUUUCCCUUCACUUUUCCCAAUUUUUCUUUCCUUCCUUUCCUUCACUUUUUUUCCCAAUUUUUUCCUUCUUUUUCUUCCUUUUUCCUUCACUUUUCCCAAUUUUUCUUCCUUUUCCUUUUCCUUCACUUUUCCCCCAAUUUUCUCCUCCUUUCCUUCACUUUUCCCAAUUUUUCUUCCUUCCUUUCCUUCACUUUUUUCCCAAUUUUUUUUCCCCUCCUUUCCUUCACUUUUUUUCUCCCCUCCCAAUUUUUCUUCCUUCCUUUCCUUCACUUUUCCCAAUUUUUCUCCUUUUCUCCUUUUCCUUCACUUUUUCCUUCCCAAUUUUUCUCCCUUUCCUUCCUUCCUUUUUCCUUUUCCCAAUUUUCUCUUUUCCUUCACUUUUCCCAAUUUUUCACCCUCCUUUCCUUCACUUUUCCCAAUUUUUUCUUUUUAAAUUUUCUCCCCUCCUUUCCUUCACUUUUCCCAAUUUCUUUUUCACUUCACUUUUCCCCUUCAUUUUUCUCCCUUCCUUCCUUUCCCUUUUUUCUUUACUUUUCCCAAUUUUUUUCCUUCCUUUCCUUUUUCCCAAUUUUCACUUUUCCCAAUUUUUCUUUUCUUCCUUUCCUUCACUUUUCCCAAUUUUUCAACCUUUUUUUCACCCCUCCCAAUUUUCCUUCCUUUCCUUUUUUCCCAAUUUUUCUUUUCCUUCCUUUUCCCAAUUUUUCUUCCCUUUUCCUUCAAUUUUCACCCCCCUUCUUUUUUCCUUCCUUUCCUUCACUUUUCCCAAUUUUUUUCCCUUCCUUUUCCUUCACUUUUCCCAAUUUUUUUCCUUUCCUUCCUUUUCCUUUUUCCUUCCUUCACUUUUCCCAAUUUUUUCUUCCUUCCUUUCUUUUUCUCACUUUUUUCCCAAUUUUUUCACCCUCCUUUUCACUUCACUUUUCCCAAUUUUUCACCCUCCUUUCCUUUUUCCCUUUUUUCCCAAUUUUUUUUUCCCCCUUUUCCUUCACUUUUUUUCCCAAUUUUUCUCCCUUCCUUUCCUUUUUCACUUUUUUCCUUUUUUUUUUUCUUUCCUUUUCCAAUUUCCUUCACUUUUCCCAAUUUUUCACCCCCAUCCUUUUUUCCUUCACUUUUCCCAAUUUUUCCUUUCUUCCUUCCUUUUUUCCUUUUCACUUUUUUCCCCUCCUUUUUCAUCCCUCCUUUCCUUCACUUUUCCCAAUUUUUCCCCCUUUCCUUUUUUCCCCCUUCACUUUUCCCCCAAUUUUUUCUCCUUUCCUUCACUUUUCCCAAUUUUUUUUUCCUUCCUUCCUUCAUUUUCCCAAUUUUUUCACCCAUCCUUUCCUUUUUCACUUUUCCCAAUUUUUUCUCCAAACCUUUCCUUCACUUUUCCCAAUUUUUUUCUCCCUUCCUUUUCCUUCACUUUUUUCCCAAUUUUUCUCCUUUCCUUCACUUUUCCCAAUUUUUCCUCCUUUUUUCCUUCACUUUUCCCAAUUUUUCACCCUCCUUUCCUUCACUUUUCCCAAUUUUUUCUUCCUUCCUUUCCUUCACUUUUCCCAAUUUUUUUCACCCCUUCACUUUUCCUUUUUCACUUUUUUCCCUCACUUUUCCCAAUUUUUUCCUUCCUUCCUUUUUCCUUUCACUUUUCCCAAUUUUUCACCCCCUCCUUUCCUUCACUUUUUUCCUUCCUUUUCCCAAUUUUUUCCCCCUUCCUUUCCUUCAAUUUUUCACCUUCCUCCUUUCCUUCACUUUUCCCAAUUUUUUUCACCCCUCCUUUCCUUCACUUUUCCCAAUUUUCCCCCUCCUUUUCACUUUUCCCAAUUUUCCCUCCUUUCCUUCACUUUUUCCUUUUUCCUAAUUUUUCUCCCUUCCUUUCCUUCACUUUUCCUUUUUUAUUCUUUUCCCAAUUUUUUUUUCUUCACCCAUCCUUUCCUUCACUUUUCCCAAUUUUUCUUCCUUCCUUUCCUUCACUUUUCCCAAUUUUUCAUCCCUCCUUUCCUUCACUUUUCCCAAUUUUUCCCCCUUCCUUUCCUUCACUUUUCCCAAUUUUUCUCCUUUCCUUCACUUUUCCCAAUUUUUCACCCCUCCCUUCCUUCACUUUUCCCAAUUUUUCACCCAUCCUUUCCUUCACUUUUCCCAAUUUUUCUCCUUCCUUUCCUUCACUUUUCCCAAUUUUUCUCCCUUCCUUUCCUUCACUUUUCCCAAUUUUUCUCCUUUCCUUCACUUUUCCCAAUUUUUCUCCUUUCCUUCACUUUUCCCAAUUUUUCAUCCCUCCUUUCCUUCACUUUUCCCAAUGUUUUACCAUUUAAUAUUAUAUUAGUUUCUUGGCGCAAAGGCUGCAAUCUUAAUAUUGAUGAUCGUUCAGUCAGCCGAAAACAUGCUAUCCUCACUGCAACAAUGGCGGACACAUCGUCUUCCACAGACCGACCUUUGCUUCACCUGAAAGAUAUUUCUUCAUUUGGGACACGCAUAAAUAAAAAGAAGGCGGAAUCAAAUGUGUCCAAUCCUUUAGAAGAUGGUGACAAAAUUAUAUUUGGCUCAAUUAAAUCAACAUUCUGGGUUCGAUUUUCACCUCUGGUUGUAACAUCAUCAUGUCUGGAGAAGUCCUUAAAAGUAGAUUUGGAACAAACAAUGAAGACUCUUGGAGGGAAAGUUGUAGCUGAGUGGGGGCCAAGUUGCACUCAUCUUGUCAUGCAAAAUUUGUCUAUCACUGUAAAAGUGAUAUGUGCCCUUGCUGCCCAGCGGUCUGUUGUCACUGUCAACUAUUUCAAGACAUUGAUAGAAUCCAUAAGAAAUGUUGAUGUUCCAUCCCCAGAAGAGAGCAAUUAUGGUAAACGUAUGAUCACUGAUGCUGAGGUUGGACAUGCAGUACUGAGUUGCAACAUUCAACAAUACUGCAAUCCCAAUGCUGAUCCAGGAAAACCACUAGAUCCUUUGGCCUCGCAGACAAUGCGAACACAGACACAAGAUGUAUUUAACUCCAGCACACAAUCAUCCAUGUCUCUGAUAUUGAACAGAUCAUCCAAGAAUAUAUUCAAUGAAAGUAAGUCCAAUGCUGCACCUUCUUUAUCACAUCAUGAAGAUGUCUCACUAGCAAAGAAAACUUCUGAGUCCACUGAGAAAAAUACAAUUGAACCAGUCUCUAAAAAGAGAAGACGAGACUCUGUUGAGCCAUCUGAAUUAGAAGACGAUGGCAAUGAAGACAUUUCAAGAAAAAAGCAAUGUGUCUUUAAGAUUCCAUUCUCUGAAGAAAGCCUAAGUUCUACCAGAAAAUCAACACCAGCAACAGAAUCUGAGCAGACUGUUGUUUGCCCCAAACCAUCAAUAGUUAUUGCUGAUUCUGAUCCUGAAGACGAAGAACCGAAAUCUCCUUUUAAUAUGUCAGAAAGCAGCAAACCUGAAAAUUCUGCAACAUGUUCCAAAAAAAGUUUCUUUGUUGAAGACACAAACAAUUUGGAUGACAAAGAUUCUGAAGAAAACAAUUUAGGUUUGCCACCCAAGAUCCAAGUGCAAGAGACACCAUCCACUUCCAGUUGCAGCCUCUUAGAGAAACAGAAGCCAUUCUUAGUUGUAGAAGAUUCUGAAAUUGCUGAACAAAGUACAUCUAAAAAAGAAGCUACUGUCCAGGUCAAAAAGGAAAUCAUUGAUCCUACAUUUGAAAAAGCCAUGCAGCAGUCAAAGACAUUGUUUCAAGAACCAAUGACAGAAGUUAUCAAAGAAGAAUCACAACUUGAAAACUCAUCAAAAAAAGAUGUGUCCAGAAAGAAUACACAACGCCAGGCCCUUGCAGACAUAAAUCUCCCUGAAGGUUUCCUGACAACACGGUUGCCAAUUAAGCAAGAGAGUCAGCAAAAUGAAGAUGAAAGAAGAGCAGAAGAACUUUUCAAUUGGGAUUCAAGUAACAGAAGGAAACGGACUCGACUUUUUAAAAUAAGAGAUAAAAAAUUGUGUAACACCGCCUUGACGUCACUUCCGGUUACUUUUAGCGUUCCAUAUCAAACUUUAUUUUUAUAUCCUGGAAGUAUAGUUCAGAAUGGCUUUAAGUGUCACAUGAUGUCAGAGUCACACCAGAGGCAACUGUUGCUGUUUGCCGAGAAUCCAGAUGAUUACAUCGACUCUUUCUCCAAAGAUUUUCUUGAAGGCUUCAUGGAAGUUUUACGGCGGAGAUUUGGGACCAAGAGGGUCCAUGCAAAUAUUGUCUAUCAGGAGUACAUCACAGACCGGCACCACAUUCACAUGAAUUCCACUCAAUGGGAGACAUUAACAGACUUUGUCAAAUGGACAGGACGAGAAGUGGCUUUUAACCUUGCUACUUGUACGAAGAAAAAAGAGGAGGAGCAAAAGAAAAAGGAACUGAAGAAUGCCUUGAAAAAUGUUGGAAAGCAACUUUCUGAGAGCAAAACUAAGUUAAACAAACCUUUCAAAGAACCCCUUCCUCCAAGUGGAACAAAGAGGAAAUCAUCUGCUUUGGAUGAAAUCAUGAAGGGUCCACUUGCUGGGCGUACCAUUGAAAACACACAAUAUGAAGAUAUCAGCAAAAUAUACCAACCUUCGUGA